GUAUAAAUUUUAUUUUUUUAAAUAUAGUUUUAAGUUAUAUGUAUAGAGUGAUAUUUCUUAAAUAUUUCAUAAAAACGCAUCAGCUUACCUGUCAAUUGCUGAUUGACAGCGCGGCAUGUUUUUACAGAAUAACAAUGGAUUACAGUUCCAAGUACCUGAUAUUUUUAGUUCUCGGCCUGGUAUUGUCCGAGUACGAAGCGGACGAUAAAUACCAAACGAAUCUGUCGAGGAAACGACGUUACGUCGUUUUUCCGGAAGGCUCCACAUUUUCCAUCGCUCUCUGUUUGACCGUGCACACUCUGACUUCGGACAACAUCUUUACAGAAGGUAUUAACUGGGGUAUCUCCUACGACCUUCCUAACGAGAGCAAACCUGCCCUAGAGCCCUUGUUAGAACUAAGGAACGAUAAACUUAAAACGAGUAACAAGCACAAUCGCUACGGUUCCACUGUAAUCGCUAAUAGAUACGGCGUUCCGAAUUUAAAAUUGAAUAACCAUGUUAAGCAGCACUUCGCACCUGGCAGAAAAAAAUACCGGAAGUCAGAAUACUAUUACUUGCAAAGAAGACACAGGAGGGAGGUUUACAAUAAACUGGAGGUCAUCAUGAACGCAAUGGGCUUUGACGGCAGAUCGUGUGUUCUACGUGCGCUUUGCGAAGCAUCCCAGCGAUUAAUGCCGAAAGGAAACACCUUAAUCGAAGAAAUGAUGAGAAUAUCAUUCUCAUUACCCCUGAAGAGAGUGUUCUCCUUCGAGCCGAAGGAGCAUCACACGUACACCCGGGCUCAUAAAGCUGGCCACGAGGGCAAGGACUGCGCAGCCAUGUUUCCCGGGUGCAGUUUCUCCCUCAUCGACUUGGCCCUCGGGAAAUAUAACGCACCCCCGUCCGACCACCCCGGAGAUACUGCGGACCACGCCGGAACUUUCGACACGGAGGACGGGCCUGCCGUGGAUUGGCCGAGAUACAACAUGAGGUAACGCGAUGCAUGCAAACGGCAGCCUGAUUUCGAUGCUGCGCGAACAUGCGGAAUGCCUCUUACAAUGCCGAUAACUCGCCCUCCACUGAAGUAAACGGUCACCACGGUCAUCAGAAUGCAAGUUUAAUAGAUUAAAUUAUUUUGUAAUUUAAAGUAUACAGAUGAAAAAUAUGGAGGAAACAAAUUUUAGUAAAGUGUAUAAAAAUUCAGAUUUAGCUAAAUACUGACCUAAAAACAAUUUUGUUAGACUAUCACAAUAAUUACGAAGGACAUUAAAACACAAUGAAAAAAAUUAACAUUUUAGCAGUUAAUUGUAGCACUUAAAAUACUAAGAAAAAAAUUCCUAAUAAUUAUGUAUCUCUCAGUGUAAUAUUAACAUCAAUAGCCUGAUAAUUAAUGUCGCUAUUCAUUCUUUGUUAUUGUUAAUAUCAUGUGUAAAAGCACAAGCGCGAAUUACGUUCAAACAAACUAAUACGCGAUUUACAAGUAGUACAUCAUUAAACAGAAUGACGCGAAUAACAGAGUCGAAAGAGGAAAGUAGGACGCUUAAAAUCGGGAGAACAUUCAAAUGGCGCCGACGAGGUGAAUAUGGUUGAUAUGCUCCAUAAUAUCAGUUAUAACAAUGCUUCUCGUUAUCAUGCAUGAUAGAGUAUGAUUUUACUAAUUGGAUAGGAUUAUAUCGAAUGACACAGAACGCGAAACGACAAAAUAUAUUGGAAACCAAUAAAGGAGGUUAAAGAAAGAAUAGCUUAUAAGAAUUGCCGGAAUUCAAAGAACUGCAUUCUGCUUCGUUUCUGCAAGUACCAAUUAUUGUGUAUGAUAUUUUUAGAAUACGGGAACUCCUUUACGUUUCGCGAUAUUAUUAAGUGAGAUUUAUAAUGCUUAUUUAAAAUUAGGGUUUCGUGUUUAACGUCGGAGGAAAAAAAACGCAAAAUUAAUAUUCGAAUAAAUAAAAUUUGUCAAUUAAAUCGAUAAAAGCAAAAAUGCAUGCAUUUUGCUUUUUAUUAUAACAUUUAAUGGGAAAAUAAGUCUGAUUAUUUGUAUGCAAUAAAUAAUAUACAUAUAAAUGGUAUCUUUUUAAUUACAUUAAUGUACGUUUAUAAAUUCUGGGCAAGUGUCGAUUGUCACAGAAUGCAGGGCUCGUAUCGCAAGUCCGUAAAUCACGGAAUUCAAACAUAUGCGCAGAUGCAAAUCGCAUUUGAAUAAAGCCAUAUUUUGUAUUUAUAAAAUUGCACUUAAAACAUAAUUAAUAU